AAAAUCCAACAACCACUUCUCUCUCUCUCUCUCUACCUCAAACCGUACUAAACCGUAUCGAUUGAUAAAAUUGCAAAAGGUACGAUCGUGUAAAAUCUUGGUAAAGUAAGUUUGAGAGAUAGAUGGAAACGCAGCGUAAGUCGAAGCAUCGCAAGACCAAUCCAACAACCAUUGUUGCUUCUUCUUCUGAUCAAGAAGUGAGCAGUCUUGAGUGGGAAGAAAUAGCAAUGGCUCAAGAAGAAGAGGAUUUGAUUUGCAGGAUGUUUAAGCUUGUCGGUGAAAGGUGGGAUUUAAUAGCUGGGAGGAUUCCAGGAAGAACAGCAGAAGAGAUCGAGAGGUUUUGGGUGAUGAAGAAUCAUCGAAGAUCUUUAUUACGUUGAUAUCGCCAACUCUAAAGUCAUUUUUCUAAUAUCGAAAAAAAUGAAAUCUAUACAUAUAUAUAUAUCCUCUAUUCGUUGGUGA